UGAGCAUGAGACUCUGAAUCUCAGGGUCAUGGGUUCAUGUUUUGAGAGACUCUUAUUGCUCAUUGCAGGUGGACAGUUUGGACUCUUGAGUCUAUGCCUUAUCCCUGUCUUCAUAGUUCUUCUGGUGAUAAUGGUGAUGUUGAUGUUCAUGUGCUGGAGGAGAAGAUUUAAAAAGCAUAGAAGAGGUGGAAGAGGUGUUCACUCUUUGGUGCAAAAGAAGUGGUAUAAUACUUUUACAUUCCAGAACUCAAAAAGGAGCCACCCAGAAGAUGGUGAUGGUGAGGUUGACUUGGUCAGAGAGGAAUUAUUGAGUAGUUCCACACCACCCAAGGAAUCCUUUUCUUCUCUCAGUUCUUAUGCAGUCUCAGAAACAAAACCCUCAGAGACUGAACACUGCAUCCCACAGACCAACAUGGGAGAUCAGGCACAUCCCCUGCGGCCACUGCCAAGGAUUUCAUUUGAGGUUCCUCAGGGGAAAGACCCAUUGAAGACCUCUCAAGACUGCCAGUUGAGCCAGAGGAGCUACAGUGUACCCAGCAACCUUAAACACUGGGCCCAAAACUCCUUUGACAAGGACAGAGAGCAACAUGCCAAAACAUAUCCAGUGGCUAUGGAUGGGGUCUCCUUGAGAGCAAGGAAUCUUGGGAAUGCCUUCCUCACCAGCAGCAGCCAAAAUAUAUAAGGCACUCCUCUUGAGCCCUCUCUUCCAGAAAAGAGGAAGGUAAGUUACUCCCAGGAGCUUUUAAAGGCUGCCACUUGGUGUCAAAAGAAUGCAUCCUGUUGGAAGGGAAGACUGGGAUGGCUACCAAAAUACCUGAAAGCAAAGCUGUUCCUCUCCAGCAAGGGCAAUGGUGGUUCCUGCCCUGCCUUUGCUCCUGCUGGCGGGGAGGAGAGGAGAGGUGG